AUGUGUACUUCGACAUCUGCAAAGAAGGCGCAAAACGUCUGGAACGGUUGGCUUGAUGAGCGUGACCUUGCUCCUGGCGAGGUCAUUACCAACUGGUUCAAGCGGCACACGCAGCGUGGCCUGACCUUGGCAGCUGAGUACGCGAAAGCUGGAUACGAAGCGGCUGUGGAGCGAGCAGAUGUGGCAUUUGCUGGCCGCACGCUGCUGGACAGCGGGACACCGGCGCAGGAGGCUAUUGCUUUGAAGCAGCAGUGCGACCGCGCGGUGGCAGCAGACGUGGCGCUGCAGCAGAUGCUGGCAGAUCUGUCAACACAAUACCGUGAGGAGGCCAGAUUUUCGAGAAGCGUCGAGAACGGACAGGCCAUUGGCACCUGGGCAGUGCGCUAUGGCGAGGCUGCCGAGAUGCUGGGGAAGCCUCCAGCUGAGCCGCAGCGAUCUCCUGUGGAACAAGAUGCCAUUACUCUCCUGCUGUUGAGGCAGGCCAAGACUGAUGUGGCAAACAAGCUGCUAGGCGUUCCGGUGAAACUGCCGGAGAACACUCUUCCAGCAUCCCUGCCGGCGAGCUCCAGAAGCGAAGCUGCGUCGGCGGCUGCUCGGGAGCGUGUGCAAACUCUGCUGCAGCAGCUGUUCGAGCUCCAUGACCUCAAGUCCAAUGGCGUUUUAGAGGAGGACGAGCUCAUCAAGAUGAACGAGAAGGUCUCAUUGCUCCACUACGGGAAGAAGGACACCAACAAGGAAGCCAUCCGAGAGAAAUACAGAGGCGUCUUCCGAGAGCACCUGGAUCCGCAAGGGAAGCCGGUGCCGUUCAGCGCUUUCCGCGACUACAUGCAGGGGGUGCUGAACGACAUCGACCCGGACCCAGAAUGUCAAGUGAUGAUGGUGGAACAGUUCAUUGCUGAGGCCGAAAGUGCCCGGCAAGCUUUCCGAUAUCCCUCCCUCAUCAGCGAAUCGGAUCAGUUCUUCUUCCCCGCAGCUCCAGCCAAAGCUCAAGGCUUGGCUCCGGCAGGACAGGGAGCUGCCAGGCCUACACCAGCCGACCUUGUGGCCUACGAGGCUGCAAAGCAGGCGGCGUCCAAACCAGGUACGAGCGAUCUGCCAAGAGGCUACCAGCCUGAUUCCACGCCGACGACGAGCGCCGGCGACUCCUCGCAGCACGCUGAGGGGAGCCGGCGAAGAGAUGGGAAUCCCGUGGUCUCUCGCCCAGUUUCUGAAGAAACUGCGCAGGCCGUCACUUCUAGCUCCAGCAAGUCAUCUGCCGUCCCGCUCCCCUUCCAGAAGGGUGACCAACUUCAGGUCUGGAGCAACUCCAAGAACAGCUGGCGAGAUGGACAGGUGCUCGAGGCCUUUCCUGCAGCCUGCGAAGCCGAAGGCUUUGCGGUCCCGGCUGGCACGGUAAAGGUAUCGUUCGAUGCUGGAACCGUCAAGUGGGUCAUGCCUGCUCAAGCCGCCUCAUUGCUCAGACCGCGUCCGAAGAGCUAG